AUGCCUUUUCGCUCCCGUCGUUCUAGCGUGCUCUCGCCUGGCGCAAGGGUCCCUUCUGCCGCUUACGAAACCCCGGGCUUCCGCACCCACCACCCCUCCCCCAGCGGCGCCUCAUCCUCAUUUGCGUGGCCUCGGAAGAAGUCCAUGGGCAGGAGGUCGAUGUGGGGGCAGAGCGACGACUCUCUGGCGACGCGCUACACCGAGUCGGUUCGCCCCAAGAACGGCUCCACCGCGAACAUCGAGCCCAUAUCAGACAACACCCUUUUUAUCAGCCUCAACCUGUCCUCUCCUUUCCUCGGCGACGACCGUCGGAAUCAUACAUGCCCCAUCCUCGGCGUGCUUCCUGAUCCGGAACACAAAAGCGUGCAGUACGGCAUCACCCCGUCAGUCACGCGCUACGAGGACAUGAAGUUCAAGACCGUGCGUGAAGCCGUCGACUUCUUCCACCAAAUUCUCCAGGGGCUGGAGUUCAUGCACGAAAACUACGUCGCGCACCGUGAUUGUUCCUCCAACAACAUCGCGAUGCUCGAGGGAUCAAACCCGCCUGAAUACUACCUCACCAUUUCCCCCGCCUCGCGCCAAUACCGCGCCGACGGUGGUCGUCCAGUCGCAAUGCCCUUCUGGGGCAACGACAAGUCCGUGCCGGAGUUCCAACGCUCCCCCACCGAUCCUCAUGACCCAUUCCGUGCCGACGUCUACACGCUCGGUAACAUGAUCCGCAAAGACUUCGUCGAGGUCUACUCAAACCUUUCAUUCAUGGAGCCCCUCGUCACCGAGAUGAUCUCUCCCGACCCUGCGCGGCGCCCGAUGAUGGACGAGGUCAUCGAUCGCUUCACUGAAGACGCCCUCCGGCUCUCCGACCGCGCGUUCCGCCAGCCUCUCCGCCGGCGUUGGAGGCACCGGUUCCCGCUCCUGUUUCGCGACCAGCGCGAGCACUAG